AUGAAGUAUUCCAAAAAAAAUUUCAACCUAACCAUCUCCAUCGUCUUUUUCUUAAUAACUCACAUAACCGAAGCAUAUCAUAUACAAGUAUUUUCUACUUUGAUUAGUAGUCUUGACUGUUGGGGGUGGGUAAUAGACCCUGAUUCAGGUCACGUGUUUUACGACUCUGGUCAUAGAAACUGCAUCGGAACUUGUCAAUUAAUUGAUUAUAACAGUCCACCACCAAACGGAAAGUUUGGAGUUCAAAUACACGAGUAUAAGAAUAUUCAAGAUGUGGAAGGUGAACAUGAUGUUUGUUAUGAGAUUAGUGGUUCUGAAGCUGCUUGGGAACUUAAUGAAGUAGAUUGUAAUAAAUUUUCUGGAGUUAGCUCUUGUGAAUAA